UUUUUUUCUUGUUAACAAAAGAAAAAGAAAACCAGCCUUAUCACAAAAAAACCAAGAAAAAAAAUUUGACAGGAGGAGAAUCAGCCACACAUGACAUUACCCACAAAUAUGUCCAGACCCAGACCAGACCCCUUUGUUUUUUAGCUUUGCCCGUCACCCGUAAGCACCACCUCACAAUUUUAUUGUUUUGCCCAAUUCCCUGAAACAAAGAAAUGAGGUAAGAUUUUUGGUUUUGUUGUUCUGGUUUCUUUUCGUUUUCCUUUUUCUCCUAAUUCUGAUGAACCAAAUUUAGCUUAGAAUGGUAAUAGUUGUAGGAACAAUGUCUUCUUCUUUAGCUUCCCUUGUUAAUUUGGGAACUCUUAAUGCUACUUUCAUUAAUUAUUGCUCUGAACCAGUUUCGUCAUCUUAUUAUUCUUGUAUUAGAAGAGUUUCAUUGUCUAAAAGGAGUUUUAGUAGGAAAUGUAAAUGUAAAUACUCUGUGGCAACCACUGAUUUUGUUGCUGAGGCAAACGAUGCUUCUUCCUCUUCUUCUUAUAAAGAUACUGAUGCUGAAAUUGUUCUUAAACCUGCCCCCAAGCCGGUUUUAAAGUCCGAGGAGGCGAAAAACAAAAAGGGUUUGUCUUGGGAUGUUGAAUUAAGUGAGGGUGAGGAUGAGGAUGAGUAUGAAGAACAAAAUGAGAGAAAUAAAGUGAUUGAGUCAUUGGGUGAAGUAUUGGAGAAAGCUGAAAAGUUGGAAACUUCAAAUGUAAAUGUGAAUGUGAAUGUAAAUAAAGCUAAAGCAAGUAGUAAUGGUGGUGGUUCGGGUGGUGGUAAAAAGGCUAAGUCUUUGAAGAGUGUGUCUUUGAAGAGUGUGUGGAGGAAAGGGGAUAGUGUUGCGACUGUGCAAAAUGUUGUUAAGGAGCCUCCUAAGGUUAAUAAUAAUGAUAAAAGAGGAGGAGGAGUGGGGAAGGUGGAGUCUCAAGGUGGGAGUGUUGCUUCACCUUUGAGACCUCCACAGCCACCUUUAAGACCUCAACCUAAGUUACAAGCUAAGCCAUCUGUAGCGCCUCCACCUAGGGUGAAGAAGCCGGUUAUUUUGAAAGAUGUUGGAGCAGCUAAAAAGUCACCAGUUGAUUCAGAUGGGAAGAGUAAAGAAAGAAAGCCUAUUCUGAUUGAUAAAUUUGCAUCAAAGAAGCCUGUGGUUGACCCUAUUAUUGAUCAAGCUGUAUUAGCCCCUACAAAGCCAGGGAAGGGCCCUGCCUCUGGAAAGUUCAAGGAUGAUUAUCGCAAGAAAAAUGUUUCUGCUGGAGGUCCACGGAGGCGCAUUGUUAAUGAUGAUGAUCUUGAAAUUCCAGAUGAGGAGACAUCAGAAUUAAAUGUGUCAAUACCUGGUGCUGCUGCAAGGAAAGGGAGGAAAUGGAGUAAAGCUAGUAGAAAGGCAGCUAGACUCCAGGCUGCCAAAGAGGCAGCACCUGUUAAAGUGGAAAUUUUGGAGGUUGGAGAAAAAGGCAUGUUGAUAGAGGAGUUAGCCUACAGUUUGGCCAUUGGUGAGGGGGAAAUUCUUGGAUAUCUGUACUCCAAGGGGAUUAAGCCAGAUGGAGUGCAAACUUUGGACAAAGACAUGGUGAAGAUGGUUUGUAAGGAGUAUGAUGUGGAAGUCAUAGAUGCUGAUCCUGUAAAGGUAGAAGAAAUGGCAAAAAAGAAGGAAAUUCUCGAUGAAGACGACCUAGAUAAGCUAAAAGACAGACCUCCUGUUCUCACUAUAAUGGGUCAUGUUGACCAUGGGAAGACAACUCUACUGGAUUUUAUUCGAAAGAGCAAGGUGGCUGCUUCAGAAGCAGGUGGUAUAACACAAGGAAUUGGAGCAUAUAAGGUUCUAGUACCAAUUGAUGGCAAGCCACAACCGUGUGUGUUUCUAGAUACUCCUGGACAUGAGGCGUUUGGGGCAAUGAGAGCUCGUGGAGCAAGGGUGACAGACAUUGUGGUCAUUGUGGUAGCUGCUGAUGAUGGGAUCCGUCCUCAAACGAAUGAGGCCAUAGCCCAUGCUAAGGCAGCUGAAGUACCGAUUGUCAUUGCUAUAAAUAAGAUAGAUAAAGAUGGAGCUAACCCAGAAAGAGUCAUGCAAGAGCUUUCUUCAAUUGGUCUGAUGCCAGAAGACUGGGGUGGUGACAUCCCUAUGGUUCAGAUCAGUGCUCUCAAAGGGCAGAAUAUAGAUGAUCUAUUGGAGACUGUUAUGCUAGUUGCUGAGUUACAAGAGUUAAAGGCUAAUCCUGAUCGAAAUGCAAAAGGAACUGUUAUUGAGGCAGGUCUUCAUAAAUCUAAAGGACCUGUAGCUACUUUUAUUGUGCAGAAUGGAACUCUUAAAAGAGGGGAUGUAGUUGUUUGUGGAGAAGCGUUUGGAAAGGUGCGUGCCUUGUUCGAUGAUAGUGGAAACCGUGUUGAUGAGGCUGGACCCUCCAUACCCAUACAAGUCAUCGGUUUGAAUAAUGUUCCAAUUGCUGGUGAUGAAUUUGAGGUUGUUGCUUCCCUUGAUGUUGCUCGUGAAAAGGCAGAGGCAUGUGCUGAGCAGUUGCGAAAUGAACGUAUGUCGGCCAAGGCUGGGGAUGGAAAGGUCACACUUUCUUCUUUAGCUUCUGCUGUGUCAGCUGGAAAGUUUUCUGGGUUAGACUUGCAUCAGCUCAAUAUUAUCUUGAAGGUUGAUUUACAGGGAUCUAUAGAGGCUGUCAGACAAGCAUUGCAGGUGCUCCCACAAGUCAAUGUCACUUUGAAGUUUCUCUUGGAAGCAACAGGAGAUGUAAGCACUAGUGAUGUUGAUCUUGCGGUUGCUAGCAAGGCCAUUAUUUUGGGAUUUAAUGUGAAGACACCAGGUUCUGUCAAGAGCUAUGCUGAAAAUAAAGGUGUUGAGAUUCGGCUUUACAGAGUUAUCUAUGAACUUAUUGAUGAUGUGAGGAAUGCAAUGGAAGGACUCCUAGAGCCUGUUGAGGAGCAAGUACCAAUUGGCAUUGCAGAGGUUCGGGUUGUUUUCAGAAGUGGCAGUGGUCGUGUUGCUGGAUGUAUGGUAACAGAAGGAAAGGUGGUGAAUGGUUGUGGCAUUCAUGUCAUUCGAAAUGGUCGCACCGUCCAUGUCAGUGUUCUUGAUUCAUUGCGAAGGGUUAAGGAAAUUGUGAAAGAGGUAAAUGCUGGUUUGGAGUGCGGUAUCGGAGUGGAUGACUAUGAUGAAUGGCAGGAAGGAGAUAUUCUUGAGGCCUUCAACACGGUUCAAAAGAAGCGAACCCUUGAAGAGGCAUCUGCUUCAAUGGCAGCUGCGCUGGAAGUGGGAAUCAAGUUAUAGAAGGGCACAGUGCUGCAAAAUCAACUUAUUAGCUUUUCUUAAUGGAAUCAAAUUUUUAUGAUAGGAGCAAACCAGCUUGCAGUAUCUGCUGCUGUUUUGGGCAUUGGUAAUGUGUAUGAUGCAAGAGUUUUUCCCAUACCCAAUAUUUUUUCAAGUGCAGCAUGUUGAGGUUCAGGGCUUGCAGAUUUUGCCAUUUUUGUAACCUUUUUUUGCUGUAUAUAUUAACAUCUCACUCCAGCUUUGCAUUUGUAAAGACAGGACACUUACAUUCCGCAAGAUUCAAUUUAGAAAAUACAUUGUAACAUUCACCCAAAAAGGGGAAAGAAAUAUAGUUGAAAAUGUGGGAAUAGUGUUUGGAAACUUGCUGCCUGUGUCUGAUGGAUUUCUCAGCCCGCGUAUGUGUAUUACCUUUGAAAGAGGAGAUAUUAAGAUAGUAUUGAACCAAAUAUUCAAAUGUAAUUGUGAUAAUAUAAUUAACUGAAUAAAAUAAAAUAUGAAGAAAUGUACUAAUAUUAGUAGAACCAAUCA